GUGAAUCGACUGUCGUCGCAAGUGGUACCUGAUGCUACCAUGGAAACCAACGAGUGCGCAGAUAACGAGUCACAAGUGGAAAUCGUUACAGAUAGUGACAUUGAUCUAGAAACUGAGUACAGUUUCCUUCAUCUUUUUUCGUCCGAAGAACGAGUGAAAGCCGAAACAAUGAUACGACUGAUUCAGAAAUAUAAGGAUAGAUUUCCACCUGAUCUCAAGGCUCCUCAAAGCGAUGUCAUGAUGGUGUGUAGUCAGAAGGACCGUGGUGCGGCCGAAACAUUCCUACAAAGUAUAGACAGCCUUAUCCUCGAUUUAGGAAAGGGAAGACGUGUAAAAGUUAAAACGGUGUUUUAUGAUGAUGCACGAUUUGAAGGAACUGGAUUAGGAUCUUUGGAGAAAGCUUAUGAAAGAAGCACGUAUGCAUUCCUGUAUCUAACAAAAUCAUUCGUUAAAGAUGACUUUGAUAACUAGUAGCAGAGUCAUUACUCAUGGAUUCUAUUACUGAUGAAACAAAGAAAUGGAGGGUGGUACCAAUACAUACGUAUAACGAAAAAACAAAAUACAAAGUACCCCUUGGUAUCAACGCAUUGAAGGGCGAAAAUGUUUUUCGACAGGAUGAAUUUUAUUGGCGUAGGAUAAGGAGUCUUCUGGGAAAUAAAAUACACGAAAGAGAAAGAAGAGAAUUUAAUAUGUUCGAAAAGGAAUACCAGGAGGCCUUGAAAAUUCAAAGAGAUGACGAAAAAAGCAUACGCAAAACAAUGGGUUUUGAGAUGUUGAGCUUGCAAGAUACACAGACACAGAGAAAUCUGCCUGGUAAGUAUAUCAAAUUGUCCAGUACUAGUAUGAUGAUAGGGCAUGGUCGAUUUCUGAGUGUCCGCUUGAUGAUGAUAGGUCAUGGAUGGUCGAUUUCCGACUGUCCGCUGGAUGAUGA